AUGGCCAUAGUUGCUCUCGAGCAGCUGCUCACAGAACUUGAAGAUUUUCUGAGGAUACUGGACAAGGAGAACUUGAGCAGCACGGCUGUUGUGAAAAAGAGUUUCCUGUCUGACCUUCUGCGGGUGUACACCAAGUCCAGCGGUGGUGAUGAGGAAUAUAUUUACAUGAACAAAGUGACCAUCAAUAAGCAGCAGGGUGACCAAGAGAAACAAGACAAAGCGCUGGAUCGGAGAGACUCCUUGACCAAUGGAGACUUAGGAUUGCAUUCAUCCCCCCCUCAGAAGAGCCUGCCAGACCUCCCCCCUCCAAAGAUUCCUGAAAUAAAACAGCCUUUGGUCCCCAAGAUCGAAUCCCCAGAAGGGUAUUAUGAAGAGGCUGAGCCAUAUGACGUCUCUGUAAAUGAAGAUGGUGAAGCUGUUAGUAGCUCAUAUGAAUCUUAUGAUGAAGAAGAGAGCGGCAAAGGCAAGUCAGCAACCCAUCAGUGGCCAUCCACUGAAGCUACCAUUGAGCUGAUGAAGGACGCCCGCAUCUGUGCAUUCCUGUGGAGAAAAAAGUGGCUGGGACAAUGGGCAAAACAGCUGUGUGUUAUCAAGGACACCAGGUUGCUGUGCUACAAGAGCUCCAAAGACCACAGCCCUCAGCUCGAUGUGAACUUGCUGGGCUGCACUGUCAUUCACAAGGAAAAGCAAGUGAGGAAGAAAGAGCACAAGCUGAAGAUCAUCCCCAUGAAUGCUGACGUCAUUGUACUGGGGCUGCAGAGUAAAGACCAGGCAGAGCAGUGGCUCAGGGUAAUCCAGGAGACCAGUGGCCUCCAGUCUGAAGGAGGCAGUGAAGGCAACCAGUACAUUCCAGAUUCGCAGCGUCUUAGUUACCCAAAGGUAGAGCUAUCCGAGAGAUAUUCUGCAGCCUCAGAGAGUGGGAGCAGCACAGAUGGCCACCCAGAGAUGACUGAAGCAAAAGAUGUUAAGAAGAAAGGCACAACUGGCCUAAAACUAAGCAACCUGAUGAACCUUGGGAGGAAGAAAUCCAGCUCCAUGGACAGCCCAGAGAGAUCUCUGGAGACUUCAAGUUACCUGAAUGUGCUAGUGAACAGUCAGUGGAAGUCCCGCUGGUGUCAGAUAAAAGAUGGUCACCUCCAUUUCUACCAGGAUAAGAACCGAAGUAAAGUGGCUCAGCAGCCCCUGAGUUUGGCGGGUUGUGAAAUUAUCCCAGAGCCGAGCCCUGAUCAUCUCUAUUCCUUCCGUAUCCUGCACAGCGGAGAAGAACGGGUCACUCUGGAGGCCAAGUCCUCAGAGGAAAUGGGCCAUUGGCUGGGCCUUCUCUUAUCGGAGUCAGGUUCAAAAACCGAUCCAGAGGAAUUUACCUAUGAUUAUGUGGACGCCGAUAGGGUUUCCUGCAUUGUAAGCGCUGCGAAGAAUUCCUUCUUCUUAAUGCAGAGGAAGUACUCUGAGCCCAACACCUAUAUCGACAACCUGCCGAAAGGGGAGGAACUCUAUGAUGAUGUGGAUCUGCCAGAUGUGCCUGUGGAAGAAGUAUCCAAGAGUGAAAACAAAUUUGAAGGGGACGAUGACAGAGUGUAUCUGGAUCUCACCCCAGUGAAAUCAUUCCUACACUGUGCUGGCAAGAAGUCAUGCCAGCCUUCGCCUCUAAGUUCUCCAUCUUUGGAAAGGGCUGACAACAAGGGCUCAGCAGAUCCUGUAACUGAAACAGCUCUUGUAACUAAGGAAGCUGAACCCUCUAGAAAGACAGUGGAAACCUCAGAGCAGAAAUACCCAGAGAAGCUGGAGCCUGAAGAGCUGCCACCAAGGACAUCCACCAUCAAAAUCCAGACCCAGCAGCAGAAGAUUGCCUUUCCGCAGACAGCCCCUGAGAUCACCGCCUGCACCACAGUGGUGGGCAGCCCACAGCUGAUGCCUGCACACAGGGAUAGGCUGGAGCGACCCAAGCUGGCGCUGCCCACAGCAGCAGUGGAAACCAAGCUAGGCAAGAACAGGACAGAGGCUGAGGUGAAGCGAUUUACAGAGGAGAAGGAGCGGCUGGAGAAAGAGAAGGAUGAAAUCCGGGCUCAGCUCACCCAGCUGCGGAAGGAGAGGCGGGAGCUGAAGGAAGUGUUAGCUGGUUGCACAGAUAAGAGCCUUGAGCAGAGGCUGAAGGAGAUAGAAGAAGAGUGUAAAAAGAAGGAGAGCAGGAGGGUCGACUUGGAGCUGAGCCUGGUGGAAGUGAAGGAGAACCUGAAGAAAGCAGAGUCUGGCCCUGUGACGCUGGGCACUGCUGUGGACACCACACACCUGGAGAACACAGCCCCCAAGAUUCAGGCAAAAACCACCAGUCCGGCAAAUAGUGCAGAGAACUCGCCAGUCAAUUCAGCGACAGCUUUAAAAAACAGGCCUUUAUCUGUCAUGGUAACAGGAAAGGGGACAGUUCUACAGAAAGCUAAGGAAUGGGAGAAAAAAGGAGCUAGUUAGAACUACAUUUUUCAACAGUGGACUAAAGACUGGAAUUGCCUAUGCAUAGACGAGAGAAUUCAAUCAUCUGGAGAUAGAGGUUGGGUGUGAAACACAGUCGCACACCUAGCACCUCCUCCACGUCAUGCCAACUGCUCAGAUGCAACAGUGGAGCUAACAGCUGCCGAUACAAAUGAUCAAUCAAGUGAUCUUUCUCUUCCCAGACAAGUCCCAUCAUGUAGCUAAAAGAAUAACAACCAGUGGCAAUCUUUGCAUCAAAUUUCUAACCCAGUUGAUGUAAACAAGAAUGUUACUGUACAUAGGGAUGUUUUGUGUAUUUCUACUCUGAAGAUUUAUCAAUGAGUUAUUAAGGUUUCUAUAUUAGUGACAGUAGUGGAUUCAGAACAGGCCUCUGCUAUUCUUUAUACCCCAGUGGUUUUCAAUCUGUCAUAGUAAAUUACAAUCAAAUAAAAUCUCACCUGUCUUGCUGCUGGUCAUUAUACAGCUGCAGAUGAUCCAGCCUUCAAUCAAGGGCAGGAAGGAGAGAAACCCAGACUGGAGCAAUGGUUGAAACACAAAUGAGAAGCACACAGCAACAUGUCCAGUGGGGAGACUCCUCUCAAUUAACAGUGGGGAACUAUAUGUACAGAUGAAGCAGGGAUUUGUGUUCAGUGACCACAUGCUUCAUACCAUGUGCUUAUUCCUACAAGGCUGCCAGCCUGCUGCAGGGUUUGAUUUGCCAGAAUAUCAAGGAAGAUCCUCGCUCACUUUCUUGCGCUGUAAGAUGAGUUACAGUCUGCUGGCACUUAAGAGCUCUGGAUAAAGGAAGAUCCAAACAGAUGCAGUUAAUUUUCUUGAAGAUACUCAGCUACUUCACCUGAGGAAUUUAUUCUGAAAAAUCACAUUUGAAGGCUUGUUAAUAAAUGGUCAAAGGCCUAGGCCUGCCCACCUUUCAGAUGAGGAAGCUGCAUCCCAAUAUACUCUUCUGGGCUAACUCUUUCCAAGGAGAGGAAAAAUAAAGCUGUCCCCAGGAUGCGAACACUGCUUUGCUGAUGCUGACCUCUGUUCCCCCGCAGAGCCCUGGCAGGGCAUGGCACUCUUUCAUGCACGCUAGCACACUGCUCUGUGCACCUGGAAGCCUCAAGGAUCCCAGUGUGAUUUCCUGUUGUCACAGGCACCAUCAGGAGGGCUCAUGGCCCUGUACAGUCUGCUGAACGCGUCCAGUGUGAAAGAGGCCCUCCGGAAGCAGCAGGCCGGCCAAGGGCUGGGCUCAGACGGGUGCAGGACCUGCUCUCCCCAGGGACUGGCAGGGGGG